CUCUCACCUUCCCCAAACGGGGCCUGCCUUGGCUGACCAAGCUAGCCCGCCAACCGGUCCACUCGUCCGUCCACUCGAUCAGCAAGCGGGGAUCCGAAUUCGGAGCCCCUCCUUUUACCAAUUCCCUCUUCGUCUUCCUCCUUCCUCCUCCUCCUGCCCUUCCAUUACGCCCCCACGAAAUACCUAAACAAUUCUCCAAAUGGACUCGCCCAUGUGAUUGUUUAGCAGCGUCCGGGUCUUUCCUCCCCUGUCUGUCUCUCUCUCUCUCCCUCUUUCCUUUUCCAAUACCUCCCGCGACGAGUCCCACCAACCCUGGUUGAUUCAACGCGCCGCUCCUAGUACCCGCCGCCGUCUCGCGGUGACCUGCUCGUGGAAAUUGGGCAGUUUAUAUGUAGAGGCAGACGCAGAUGACGCGAACGGCUGUCCGCGCUCGUGCUUCCAAGGACAGCGAGGCAGGCAGCCGAGAGCGGAAUUGCCGGUCGGAUUAGGUGCGCGAGGACGGAGCGAUCCAGCUCGGGGUGAGCGCGCGGCGCGAUGGAGAAGGGGACCAGGGGCGUGUCCUGCCGCGCCGCCAUCUGCGGCAUCGUCGCGCUCCUCAGCGCCACCGCCUUCGCCUGCUCCGUCGCCGCCGAAUUCCGCAAAGUCAAGGCCAAGGACGUGAAGCUGGACGGCAGCCUCUGCUCGCUGCCCAGGAGCUCCGCCUUCGAGCUGGGCGUGGCCGCCAUCGCGUUCCUCCUCGUGGCGCAGCUCGUGGGCACCAGCGCCGCCGUGACCACCGCGUACGCCGCCGCGCCCAAGAAGAGCGCCGCCGCCAGGGGCCGCCUCGCGUUCGUUGCCCUCCUGGCCUUCUCGUGGCUGAGCUUCGCGGUGGCCGUGACCCUGCUGGCGACCGCGGCGAGCAUGAACCACGGGCAGCGGUACGGGCGCGGGUGGAUGGACGGCGACUGCUACGUGGCCAGGAACGGCGUGUUCGGCGCCGCCGCGGCCCUGGUCGUCCUCACGGCGCUCACCACCAUCGGCCUCGCCUUCACCACCGAACCGACCGCGGCCGCGGCGGCCAUGGCGCCAGCGCCCGCAUCUCCCGCCGCGGCACCGGACGCAUGCGCGAGCAGGACGCAUCUGGAAGCCGCAGCAGCAGACGCCGAACAACCGGGCGGGCGAUCCAAGCAAUGACCAGUGAGGCAGGCUGGCUGGCUGGACGGGGGCGGACCAGCCGGAGGCGGCGGCUAGUGAGCGGCAAUGUUGGCGGCGCAAACGGCCGCGCUGCGUGGGGGGCGCAAGUGGGCUCGCUGGCCGGGGGGGCAUCGGAAAAGUGGGAGGCGGCCGCGGUGGGGCCGCGGGAGCGCAUGCAUAUACGCUGCCGCCGGUUGGUUGGAUAUUUAGCAGCCGCCAGCUGGGACAGAGGUGCAUAAUUACUGUCCCCAUUACUGACCCGAUUACUGACACGACAGUGUGCAGCAUGUAAAUGAUGGUAGCAACAAGUCCUUGCAAAAUGCAAAGAUAAAUCGUACAGAAAUUUCAUUUUUGUUCUUUGUUGUUGAGUGUU